AUGUCUUCCGUCACAUGCCUCGUCCACAUGAAGCCUCGUCUAGACUUAAGCAUCAAGACUUGCCCGCCCAUCGUGACAGAGCUUCCACAAUGUGUUCAGUCCAAAUCCGCUUCACCAUCGCCAUCUGAGAUGUCUCCAAAAGUGAAGCGGAUCGACCCGCCAAGUACAGGUACAAAUCCAGCUUCAACUCCAAACAGAGGUCCAGGCCCAGGCACGGGUGCCAAGUCGCCGACCUCACCAACACAAAUGAAGCGUAGUCAAAGGGAAACAGCAUCAAGACCAGCUUCCGCUACAAACCCCAGCAGCCACAGUCAAGGAAAGAGCCAGAGUCACUCGCGCUCUGCAUCUCGCAGUACGGUGCGAUCAAGUCCAAACAGUCGACGGAGUUCCUUACACUCAGCCCGUCGGACUGCCCCAAAUACAGCCAUCGUACCAGUCCCCACCACGAGGACUUCACCCCAAGAACGGCGGGAAUCACUUAUAGCUCUACAUCGAGAAUCAUGUCGACUAUUCCAAGACGAGGCCACAAAGGACCCAGCAGAAGUACAUAUAAAUACACCUACAUACACAAAUACACAUACAAGACUACGCCAGCCAUCCCUGCAUCGACGAGCAUCAUCCACAAUCUAUACACGCCGCUCCUCACGCGCAUCAACCGACAAAGAAACCUCAGAACCAUCUUCCCCGAUCGCACCAUCUGCCUCAUUUGCCAGCUUCCGUUUCGAGUCUGAGACCGAGACUGCUCCACCCUUCCUGACUUCCAGAGACAGAUCCAAUACCAUGCCAUGCCAGGGUACUAAGACUGUCAUCCCAUCAAACCACUACCACAGUCCAUCCACUUCAUCAAUCCACGCCCCGGCCACGGUAAUGGAAUGGACAUCGCCCUCGACUCGUCGACGCGAGUACGAGAAAAUCGAUCGAGCAAGUAGCGGCAUGCGCGGUCUCUGGAGACGCGUUGCGCCUCGCUGUUUCCAGACUCGGGAAUCGAGAAUGCUUUUCUUCGAAGAGGGAAAGCCCGAGCGGGAAGGAAGUGUGCGGCGGUUUCGCAUGGACAUUCCCGAAGAUGAGGCAGAAACUGGACCUAAUGAAUCGACCAAGGAACCGCUUUCUCCAACGGGGAAAUCACAGGUUCAGCUUCUGGACUAUCUGAGUCGGCACACGAGCCCGACUUCGAAUGCGCCCUCGAAUCCGGCUUGUUCUUCAUCUGAGGGUCGACGACGCUGGGCGUGUCUGCGUUCUAAGACUUCCCCGUUGCCUAACGCGUAG